GAAUCCGAACAGUCGUCACAUGACAGCGACGGGUGUGCGUGAUCUCGCGAGCUCUUCAAUGUGGAGAUCGAGGAUUCGUUAAGCAAAAAACGAAAACGCGCUACCGGGCUACUUAGCUUUUUCCCGGAGUGCUGGAUCGAGGACCGUGAGAUACAUUGGCUGGAUUAUUGCGCUGCAACGGUGAAAGUUUAUUGUCCCGAAGAUGAGAUACCUCCUGGGUAACACGUUUGCGAUCACCGCUUCGACGACGAUCCUCAUUCUAGUUUUAUAUUAUGUGUUUACUGGCAAGGGAGAGCAGGUCAGCCUUGGCUGGUUCUUGACGAACACCUCUCCUUAUAUGUGGUGUACUUUGGGCAUAGGCCUGUCGGUAGCUUUGUCUGUAGUAGGUGCAGCAUUAGGUAUCCACACAACUGGAGUGUCAAUCGUUGGUGGUGGUGUGAAGGCACCAAGAAUCAAAACGAAGAAUCUGAUCUCCGUGAUAUUCUGUGAGGCUGUAGCCAUCUAUGGCCUGAUCACUGCCAUCGUUCUGUCUGGAAUGCUCGAUAAAUUCAGCUACGCAGAGGUCUUGAAGAACGAGGAGCUCAAGAGUCAGAACUGGCUGUCGGGAUAUUUAAUGUUUGGCGCUGGUUUCGCCGUCGGCCUUGUUAAUCUUUUCUGCGGCAUAGCGGUUGGCAUCGUUGGCUCUGGCGCCGCUCUCGCCGACGCAGCUAACUCCGCCCUUUUCGUCAAGAUUCUAAUAGUCGAGAUUUUCGGUUCUGCCAUAGGGCUUUUUGGCUUAAUUGUCGGUAUUUACAUGACAUCCAAAGUGAAGAUGGGCGACAAGUUAUCGUAAAUUAUGAGAGAAUAAGCUAUGGAGUAUUAUCGGGAUCACAAAGUUCCAUUCCACAUUUAGUCAUCGGUAUAGGAGGAAUGACUGUAUCCAUGAAAUCAUUGUGAAAUCAGAAUUUUUCAGAUACCAAUGUACGAAUUUGGUAUAUUACUGCAUGUCUGUAAUUAUACUCAUGCUAUUCUAGAUGUAAAUGACACAAUUUAACAUUCACACUCUAGGUCUUGUGAAUAUUGCCUGUUGUUAUAUCAUUUGGACAUUCUACUUCUUUUGAAACAUAAAAGCGGCUAAUAAGAUUAAGUAUAUAAAGUUGUAACAAGUCAUAGUUUUUAUCGGUAUUAGAAAACAAUGUAUAAUUUUGAUUUUUUGAGUGCGUUAUAGCGCUUGUUUUGGCAUAAGUUACUGUAUAUAUAUAAGUUAAUGUCAAUGUAUAAAAGUAUAUAAUCCAAAAUAUAUAAUUUAUCCUUUAUA